GGUGUGAGCACAUUUACUCUCGUUUUUCGAAGCACCCAUUGGACAUUUCUAUGUACCCUUGCAUAUAUAUCUUCUCAUCAUGAAGUUCUCUUCGCUUUCUUCUUUGGCACUUGCCUGCACUUCGAUUUUUGCACAUCCGGUGGAGCACAAUGAAGAGCACAGCGAUAUCAAGGCCCGUCAACAAAAUUACGUUCGACUCGAGGGCGGCAAAGGCAACGCUGUGCAACCACGACUGGAAGUGAGGCAGUUGAAAAAUCAACAACCUGACCAAUGGAACAUCUUCUUGGUUGCUCUGGACUACUGGAUGACACAAUCUACAGGCGAAGCUGGCUACUACGGUAUCUCUACAAUUCACGGAGUACCGAGACAGAACUACGCCGAUGUCGCACAGUGUUCUACCUGUGCAGGUGCCGAUGGCUACUGCCCUCACGACUCUGUUCUGUUCCCCGCAUGGCACCGUGCCUACGUGGCUCUUUUCGAACAGGAAUUCCUCAAGGUUGCACUUGACAGGGCCAAUCAGUUCCCAGCUGCCACCAGGCAACGUUAUGUCAAUGCCGCGACCAACCUGCGCUUCCCCUACUUCGACUGGGCUGCAGUGCCCCCAAACAACGGCCCCGCCCUUCCAACUCUCAUCACGGACAGCAGUGUCACAUUUCAAGGACCUAACGGCCAACAGACCGUCAGGAAUCCUUUGUAUGGAUAUGUAUUCAGGAACGGAGAACAAAGUGGCUUGCUUUAUGCCACGUUGAACACCUACACAAAGACACUGCGUUACCCCAAGAGCAAUGAUCCUAAUGCCGCGAACAACUCGCCGCAAUGCGCGGCUGCGUUCGCAGGAUCUCGUCAGAGUUUGCAGGAUCAGAUUUACCAGCUUUUCACUGCAUGCGACAAUUACUUGUACUUCAGCAACGACGACUCGAGUGAUAGCUCCGGCCGAUGCUCGAACAGUUUGGAGGCGAUUCACAACACUGUGCACAACAAUGCUGGCGGUCUCGGAGGCAAUGGAAUCUCUGGCGGUCACAUGACCUACCUUUCCACUGCAUCAUACGACCCAAUCUUCUGGCUUCACCACGCCAACGUGGACCGUCUUGCUGCAAUGUGGCAGACGAUUCACUCCAACUCUUAUGGCGCAAGUCAAAUCGCACCACACAACACUUGGACCGUCGCCCAGGGCUCGAACCAGGGCCCCACCUCAGGCCUCCGACCUUUCAGAAGACCCGGCACUAGUACCAGCUUCUGGACCACCAACCAGGUCAGAGAUUGGAGACAGUUCGGCUACACGUACCCAGAGUUCUCCAACAGCGAUGGCAGCGCGGGCGCUAUCACUGGCUACGUGAACGCACUCUACGGACCCAACCCAUCUGCUACUGCUGGUUCUUCCAAGCGUGAGGCCGCAGCGGAUCCAAGCUUGCUGGGGGGAGUGUCAAAGGUGCUGGAUGAGCCAAAUAUCCUGUCGUCGCUGGGUGACAUCCUCGCCGACAAUCCAUUGAAAGCUUCGAACGGCUCGUUGUACCAAUACGUUGCCAACAUCAAGACUGCUCGCUAUGCGCUUGGGGGCUCAUACACAAUUUUCUUGUUCAAUGGAAACCCCGUCAGCGAGGACGUCAAGACCUGGCCCACAGACCCCAACCUGUAUGGCCCCAUGGGUGUCCUAGCUCAAGAGAUGUCUGGUUCUGGCAUGAACAUGUCCCUCAUCACAUCCAGUUCGAUCCCUUUGACCACCAAGCUGACGUCGCUGUUCGGAAGCGGUGUGCUUGGCAGUCUUUCAGAGCUUGUUGUGGCUCCUUACCUCAAGGAGAAUCUGCAAUGGCGUAUUGCCAAGGAUGGUUCCAGCGUCGACCCAUCCACCAUUCCCGGCUUCGUCGUCACCGUUGUCACAUCAUCCGCUCAGCCAGCAGCUGAUGCCAAAUCUUUCCCAGUCUAUUCUCCUUUCAUUGAGCUUUUGGGCAUCACCCAGGACAUGGCCGGUGGUGCUAGUGAGACGCAAUAUGGACCCCCGUCGUACUAGGUCACUUGGAAGCUGCUUAAAUUUUAAUCGUAGAUGUUUUGUACAUAGGAAGAAAAGAAGAAGAAGGAGAAGAAGAACAGGAGAAUGCAGAGGAUGCGUGUGUCGCAUGGGAUAUUUACAGCUGCACCCAAACACCCGAGGAGUGUGUUCCUCCAGGCCCCACGAUGAAUUGAUGACCAUACAUCGCGAGAAUACUUGUCUCCGACAGUAAUAGUUACAAGUAAUUCAGAGAGUCUUGCGUCGAAACAGAAGAUAGAAACCAAAAAACAAAGAAGAAUAUACAUCACACUCGAGAUACAAUUGAUAUAAUUAAUGUACUCAUCAGUCUUACUUGGAUCAAGUAAAU